AAAAUGAUGACACACACCGAAGGAAAACAGUAACCCUGCCAGAGCCAUCACUGACGACAUCCUCAACAUGAACAGUUUUAUGAAGAUUCCCCUUCUUGUGCUUCUUGCCGGUCUGGCAAGCAGCGCCCAGGCUAUAGCGAACUGCAGACAGCUGACGACAGAAAUUGAACAUUGUUUCCUCCCGAUCUACACGUUAUACGGCUCGAGCGCCACAGGACAGGUCCAGUUCGUCGAGAUGGGGGACCAGCAACAGCUGGAUGCAGUGUGCAGCGAGUUGCACACUGCCAUCCAAUGCACUGACCGUUUGCUAAAGCAAUGCCACGGGCCUGUCGUGUCCGACUUGGUAACAAAUACUUUAACCGACACCUUUGGCUAUAUCUGUGGAGAAGGUAGACAAGCUAUGAUUGACGAACUGAGUUGUUGGGAAAAUCCCAGUUUUGAAUCCAGCCUUGCUGUCUGUGAGCAUCAAUCCAAGAUGGCGGCUAGAAGAGCAACAUCAAUGAGCGCCGUUUGUGGCAUCUUAGACAACUACAAAACAUGUGUUCAAAACAGAGUCACCUCACUCUGCAAUGCCAACGCCGGUAACUUCAUCUACAACGUGUUCAAGCAUGCGUCGGCAUCGGUCUCCAAACAGAUGGGAUGUGAUGUGCAUUUAACACACACACGUGCCAUCAUGGGAUUGCUUGCACGACGUGGUGCCUUCAGGAAGUGAUCCGAGAAGAACAGAAUAUUUCACAUUUAGGCCUACUAUAAAACGCGGACUUGGUGACCCGUAGGCCCAUAUUCACCUAAGGCCUGAAUAUAUUCUGAAUACAAAAUUAUUACUGAUAAUUUUGACGACUGGAUUUUUUAAACAUAAAUUAAAAUUAUGUAAAAUAA